CUGGAGCACUUUCGAAUUAACAACAAGGGAAAAAAAAAUACACAGCGGCUCUGAAACAGAGAUCUAGCAAAAGCUAUGCGACGAUUUUCUUUCCUUCUCGCCACCGUGAAAUGGCUGAGGAAGAAGAAGAAGGUAAGUCCGAAGGCAGAAGACUUCGAAAGAAGAACUAUAGCCAUGGUCAAGCCCUAUUCGAAACCCACCGGCUUUGACAGUAUCCCUGAAGAUCUGUUGAUGAAGAUCUUCGCGAGACUGUCGGCGAAAUAUGUAGCGAGGUUAAUGUACGUCUCAAAGCUCUGGUAUUCUCUCAUAGCCUCCCGCUAUUUUACAAAACUUUUCCUUGAAUCCCCAUCAUCGGCAAAACGACAGCGUCUGCUCGUGUCACUUGUGGACAUGGCAGCCCCGCGUCACUAUAAAUUCCUCUCAUCUUCAUCGACUCAUGAUGAUCAUUCGGAUACGUCAGUUUGUGUAAUGGACCAAGUUCUGAACAUGCCGGGACUAGAAGGCUACUUCGUGAAUGCUCUCUGGGGCUUGAUCUGUGUCAGACUUGGGAGAAGCUUACGAAUCUUUAACCUCACCACCAGGCAGCGUGUGAUCUUGCCCGUUCUAAGAUCAAAACUUUUGACUCAAGAAAAUAUUUGGAACGCUUUUGGGCACGACCCUGUUCAAGAUGAAUACAAAGUGCUUAGCACAUUUUGGGAGGUGAUGAGCGAAGAUGAGGGGAGAGUAGUGAGGUCCGACCAUCAAGUGUUGGUUCUUGGUCGUGGGGCUUCAUGGCGCAACACUAAUGGCCAGAUUUAUCCUCAUUUUCCUUACACACAAGGGUGUACCAUGGCCAUUAACGGUGUUAUGUAUUAUGGAGGUUGGGUUGCUAAGAACACGAGUGUGGUCAUGAGUUUUGACUUGGCUACUGAAGAUUUCACUAUGAUUGAAUUACCCAUUGAGGCUGGAAUCAUCUGGCAGGCUAGUCGCGCUAAUCUCAUGAACUAUGGAGACAAGGUAGCUGUUUCAGAGUAUUCCCGACUUCCUUCUGAUGGGACCAUCGACCUUUGGGUUUUGGAGGAUGCGAGGAAGAGGAAGUGGUCAAACAAAGACUCUGGUAUUACCCCUAUCCCAAAUGAAUUUUGUCCAUGGCAAUGAAUUGACAUUAUUAGGCACGGGUCGUCGUGGAUUGGUU